AUGUCUCAGCCCAAUUUACGGAAGCUUGAGCAAGAAAUUAUUCCGAGUCCAGCCGAGCGAGACAGGCUGAGUCGGCGACACCCGACAUUUCAUUCUCCGGGGCCCAAAAAGGCCUCGCCGCUUUCUCCAAACGGACUCAAUACCCCCAUGGUGGGCACAAGCCCCACAGUUGGCUAUGGUGGUGUCGGGCCUGGUCUGGCCCCGAAGCAGUCCCACCAACCCGACAGAAGCCUGCAUGGGCAAGAGGAGCUGGUGAACCCAGAAUGCAGCAGAAUCAAGGCCGACGAGGUGCCGUCCAUCUUGCUCAACUCGCUGAACGACCUCCGAACCGAGUUUAUGCAGAUCAACCAGGCCAUCUCGGAUACAAACCGCAAGUUCCGUGAAUUCGAGGAGAUGCUUCGCGGCAUCCGCUCAAGUCCGCUCGGACAGCGAACCUUUCUCUCGCCCUCGUCCUCGGUGGGCUCAAACUUGACGGAAGCUAGCCCGGCACCGGCUAUACCCAAGGAUUCAUCAGGCGGAAUCAUGAGCGCAAACUCGGUAGUAUUUGGAUCAAAGGCAUAUGAAGACCCUAUCAAGAAUCUGCACAAGAGCGUCUCCAUCAGCCACGCAGACAUCACCAACAUUGACACAUUCGAUGUGCCGAAUGUCCGCCUGAGCACCCGGUGUCAAAUCAUACACCCAAACUCUGUCCUGAUCCUUUUAUGGAAACCCAUUAUUGCCUCCUUCCAAUUUCUGAUUCUGGCUAUUGUUUUGCCAAUGGUCAUAUCGUUUCCGGAGCUCAGUCCGUGGACAAUUCUGACCGAAGGCGUCACCAUCUUGAUCCUCUCGAUCGAUAUUGUCAUCACCGCCCUCACCAUGAAGAUAUACGACGACGAUGAGCGAAUCGGCUACAUGAUCCGGGACGCUUUAUAUCUGGUUGCGGGUCUCAUUGCGGUUCUUCCUUACAUGGCCAUCCAGUCGCAAUACCCUCAGCUGCUGAUUCUUCACAUGCUUGGUCUACGUACACUUCCGCACAACAUCAAUACCUCGUAUGCCAUCCAGGUCGCGCGCAACCGACUCAGCGAACGGCUGGGUUUGAGCGAUGGGUUUUGGAACCUCCUUGCACUCUCCUUUGGGCUGAUAUGUAUCCUUCACUGGGAAGCAUGUGCUGUCUGGGUUCUUGGAGAGUUCACAAGCUACAUUUCGUGGACAAACAACGGGACGCAGAUCUUGAACAAGGAUCUGUUCGGCAAGUACAUUUUUGGAUUCUACACUGCCGUUUCCAACACCUUUCCGCUCAGCUACCGCACUCAGAACACUGCCGAAGAAACCACGUUCAUCAUGUUUGUGAUGGGCUCGACGGUUUUGUAUGCCUCGUUUAUUGCCACAAUCACAUCGUUUGUCGGAUUCGACGGAUCGGGGCGUCUGUUCAAGCAGAAAAUGGACGCCGUCAACGAGUAUCUGCGGUACAAGCAAGUCCCAGAGAGCAUUCGCCAGCGAGUCCGAGACUUUUACAUGAUCAAGUACCGCGGCCGAUAUUUCGAUGAGGAUAUGCUCUUCCGCGAGCUGAAUCCGACAAUCACUCGGGAUCUCGUCACAUGGAACUGCAGCGACCUCAUCAACAAAGUUGAUUUUCUCCGGAGAAGCGCUGGCGACGGUCGAGACGAGAUCUUUCGAUGGAAAAUUGCACUGGCACUGGUGCCGUGCUACUACGUCAAGGGCGAGGAGGUGUUCCGGGCCGGCGAUGAGGGCGAUUCGAUGUAUCUGAUUGAGCAAGGACAUGUCGUGGUGAUCGUAAAGGGCAAGGUCGUCCAUGAGGUAUACGACGGAGAGUACUUUGGAGGAUCGCCGCAGCAGGUUCUGACGCUUUUGCUGGGCCUCGCAACGGAUCACCACGCAGAGGUUGCCUUGGUGUCGGGUGGGAAGCGGACAGCGACAAUCAAGGCGGCCAAGCAUUGCAUCAUGUAUCGGUUGUGGAAACACGACUUUAUCAAGAUCGUGGAGGAGUUUGACGACGUCAAGAAGCGCAUCGAGCUGACAUACAACGCGCGGCUACAGAGAGUCAAACUGGAGUGUCUCGACGAGGAAGCCGAGAAGACCGAGAGGGCUGAGCGGGGGACUACAGCCUGA